AUGGGUAGACUGAACGUUCUGUGGGUUGGGCGAAUUGCUGUAUUCGCCGUCGUACUCCUUUUCUCUAUUAUCAUCCUUGGUCUCUCUGCGAACUAUAUCGCCCAGUUGGCCAAUUUCGGAGUUGAUGCUCCUGCCUUCGCUGCGCUCGCUCUUGCAAUUUCCCUCAUCACGUUCUUGGCUUUCGUGCCAAUGCUUGCCAUUGACUUCAUUAGGAGUGGCGCAAUAACGUCCUGGGUGGCCAUUGAGCUGGGUGUCACGGGCCUUCUGGCGAUCUUGUGGUUGGCGUCAGCCGCAACUACAGCUUCUGCAAGUGACGGACAGACCGUGGAUUGCAGUGUCGCCGACAGAAUAGACAGCACCGCUGGUACGCUCUGUCACUCAUACCAAGCCAUUGAGGCGUUCGGUUUCCUGAACUGGAUCAUCCUCACGAGUUACUUUUCCGGCCUCCUCGUUAUGGCAAUCCUUGCUCAACUCAGGCAGAACAAGCCUUGGACGGGUACAGUGCGCGAUACGAACUUCUUUGCUAGGAAGACUGUUCCCGCUGCUGCACCAAUGCAGGCGCCGAUGCAACAGCCGUGGCCCACGAACGCGUACCCACCUGCUCAGGGUCAGCCCGUGCAUGUGUAG